AUGACCUCCAUCAACCAAGUCAAAAUCAACGACCCCAGCUUUGACUCGCCUCGCCCACAGACCACCAUGCAAAGAGCCGCAGCAGCCUCGUCCAAGUCCGCGGGCCUCCACAGCGGCGAGCACCUCCUGCAGGGCGGCCACGCCAUCCUCAAGGACGACCCCGAACCCAUGGCCCAGGACGUCACCGACAACACACGCAACGUCUCGGAGAGCGCGUCGCAGCAGCAGCAGCAGCCGUACGGAUACGGAGGCACCAGGGCGGCCGACUUGGAGCAGGCGGGCUUCGGUGGCGGCAUGGGGGAGGGCGUCAGGAAGCGGGAUACGCAGAGCCAUCCUGGACGAAUUAUGGGAGUCAUCAAUGCCGUGGAGCUCGAAAGACAUAUGUAA